GCCGUAUCGUUACUUUAAAGCUCUUAUCCAUUAAUUAUUAUUAGUGUCGAAUUGCUCGUCUAAUUAAUAUAGCACAUGGUUGUAUACCACCAUUAUGGAUAUCCUCCGGCCAUUUACUAGGAUUAUUAUUAACCAACGAAGUCGGAUGAGGACAUUUACAGCAUUAAAGAGCUUCCCACUUAACGCCUUUACUGCUUCUGUUAACCAACUUAAAUGGCUUGUCCUAGAGUAUCGCAAUAGUCAGGAAGCAUCCACUUACUCCAUCCUUUAGCACACUAGGCUCCUUUAUCUCGCUAAUGCCACGUUACGGGAUACGGAAAACCCAGAGUAGCGUCCAUACUUCCUGCUAUGCAUUAAUGGCUAUCUAGAUCUACGGCGCCUGUAUCCCGUAUCUGGAUUGAUUAUACAAGGUUUGCUAGCAAUGACAAUGCGUUAUACCGACAUGCCGGGAAGCGAAGCUCGUCAAAUAUUGGAUCAACUGAGCAAGGAUGAGUUAGAUUGUGUCAAGAGUGAUGCAGAGGGAAGUAUCCGGGCUACUUUCAUGGUUAACUUGGACUUGGCCUUUACAGACCCAGAAAGGGCA